CCAAUUUCAGUAUCUGCAAAAAAAGUUCAUCGCCCUUCCAUCCCUCUCACUCUCUAUCCCUAAACAAUCCACAUUCUCUUUCAACCAUAAAACCAAUGUUGUAAUAGCCUUCGCUCAACCGGUGGGAAGAUGUUGAAUUUCUCUUACAUGUGAAACACUCUGUAAUACAAGCAGCAAAAAAAAGUUAAAUCUUUGAAGUUUUUCCCCUAUUCUAUUGGGUUUAGUAACAAAUUGAAAUAAAACUGCCCUUUACUAUCUACCUACUGCCUUUCACCGUAAAUUCAACCCACAAAAAAAGAAAACCCAUUUACUCAAUCGCCGUCAUCGCUGGAUCAUCUCUCUCGUCUCUGAGAUCUGCUGAAACUCCUUGCUGCUGUUUGCCUAAAAUGCUUCUGUAGUUGGUAUAAUUUAUUUGACAUAUAAUUACAGACAUGCAACGGGGGAGAAGUGCCAUCAAUUCCUUUCCCGAACCAAUUGAUUUGAACCAAGGAUCACUUCCUGAAAACACCUCUAUGGAUCACUCUGUUGAAAACCAACAGUCCAGUUACAUUCUUGGAUCUACUGACGGGAAUGUUAGUCGCGUUAGUACUACUGAUGGUGCUUCUCGGAGUUUUAGUGGUUGGGACCGUGGCGAAUCCAGCUCCAGUGCAAACAAUAUGCAAGGGUCCUUUCCACCGUCAAAUGCCACAGGUUACAGGAAUUUUGUUACUGACAGACCCCAGGCCAUGCAAAACCUCGGCUCAAACAAUGCUACCAUGAAUUUAAAUCUGAAUGAUGGCCAAGCGUGGAAUCAUGAUUGCCACCGAGGUUCUGGAGCUGUUGCACCUCAUAAUCUGUAUAAAUCUGGUCAUUCAGCGGUGGACCAGAAUCCAACUUCAUAUGCUUCUUCAAGUAACAUAGGAACCUUUUCUGGCCGUUCUAGUAAUUCCUCAGAAAAUUAUGAUUUAGCAGGCCCAUCUUUUGGUUCCUGGGGUUCAUCUUGUAAGAGAAAGGCUCUCGAGGGCACUUCUGGACAAUUUUACCCUGGUGGAAGUUCGAGCUCGAAUCAGUCAACGAGCAAGAACAUAAUGCAGCAUCCAGCUCAUGGUAGUUACAAUACAUCAGGAAGCUUAAGUAUAUCUUCUGGUCCGGUGAACUUGUCUUCAACGAAUCUUGUGGAACAAGUGAAUCCAAGUGUUGGGGUUGUUGGUAUGAAUAGAGUGCCCCACAGCCCUUUUCCCUCUUCAAGUGUUCCGGGAGUGGCAGAAAGCUCGGCUAGACAUUUUGCAGUAAGAUUGAAUCAUGGACGCCAUGAGCCAGUCGGGUUCGAUACACCUAGAAGUUCGUCAAUGAGGAGCUCCGGUGUUAACGCUUCCCAUUUUUCAAGACCUAUCGCAAACACUGAUUCUGCCGAAUUGAGGUCAUCGCUCAGACUACCAAUGAACCCACAAAAUUCUCUGACUCAACCGCAUUUGAUGCCUGUAAAUGAGGCAAGAGGAACACAUUCAUACCCUUGGAAUGGUUCUUUGAGGUCACGAGGCAGUAGUUCGUCAAGUUCUUUUACAGCCUAUGGAGAAAGUGGUCAUGGAGCACCCGAGGAAAUUAACGUUAGAAGUUCUCGUAGAAAUAAUCUCGAGUACCCCAUGACGGUUUCUGCACCAGAGACAAGAAAUGUCCUGCCAGAUCAAAUCGAUUGGAGUUUUGCUCCUGGAACUUCUGCAUCUUCUAGGAAUCAUCCUACUGGUUCACGUAUCGGUCUGAGUUCUGGAGGCAGGACCUAUUCUGGUGCGUGGUUGCCUCAUCAAAACCCGGCAUCACAAAAUCAUGAAAGGUUAUCAGAAUCUUUUCCUUGGAUUCCUUCCCAUCGAGUUGAGCCUGAAUCUGUGACUCGCAGAAGUCAUUUUUCAGUUUUGCCUUCAAUGGACGAGGCAGCUAAUACUAGUCGACAUCAUUUAGAUCAAAGGUCAGCAGCACUGUUGAUGGAUAUACAAGGCGAUGAUAUUACUGGUCGGCGUUCUUUGGCUGCUGUUGAGGGCAGACAUAGACUGAUACGUCAACUCUUGAAUGCCAUGCGGAGGGGUGUCCACUUACAAGCUGAGGAUUAUAUGCUUAUCGAUCCUUUUAUGAAUGAAUUUGCUGAGUUGCACGACAGACACAGAGAUAUGAGGCUUGAUGUCGAUGAUAUGUCCUAUGAGGAAUUAUUGGCUUUGGAGGAGCGAAUUGGGAACGUGAGCACCGGACUCAGUGAAGAACAAAUCAGGGGCUCCAUGAAACAGCGCAGGCAUGAAGCAAGAGGAAGCGCACUGCCAAGCAUGGAGCCGUGCUGUGUAUGCCAGGAGGAUUACAUAACUGGAGAAGACAUCGGAAUAUUGAACUGUGGGCACGAGUUUCACACAAGCUGCAUCAAGCAGUGGCUUACGCUGAAGAACCUUUGCCCCAUAUGUAAAACGACGGCCCUGGAAACUUGAAGGCGAAACUGUGUUUCUGGUGCUCUCCUCUUAAAAUAAUGUCCCUAUUUUUCACCCUUAUACCAUUGAAGGGUGUCUUUUUCCUUCUCUUUUUACAGCUAUGGUCGAAACUGGUUCGUGCUCUCCUCACCGGCUUGGUGGACUCGAGAAAGGAGAGAUCCACAUGGAGUGAAUUGUGAGAAGGCAGACCUGUGUGCACCAUGAUAUCUCUUAGGAUUGAAGUUGAUAAUCUAUGAACAAUUUUGUAUUCUUCAAACAUGAAAACUUAUGAACUAAUAGUACUAAAACCGACAUACAUUAUUGAAGAUUUUUAUGUACUUAAAGAUUUUAAUUUUAGUGA